CUGGGAUGUGUUGGAGGGACCAACUGGAGACGUGGCCUCCGCAACCUGUUCCUAAGCAAAACGCUGCCCUUGCUGGGCUCCAGGGCCUGCAUCCAACUCGGUGUCUAUAUUUCUAUUAAAGGCCGUAAGAUCAAAUUCCUGUCUCGCAGCGUUGUCCCAGUGAGGCCUCGGAAGUCUUCUCAGUCUCACUGGUUGACGACAGAGGAGAGGAGCCAAGUUUUACUUGAUCUCAAAGCUUCGGGCUGGUCUCAGUUAGACGAAAGAGAUGCCAUCUACAAAGAGUUCAAUUUCAAAAAUUUUAAUCAGGCUUUUGGAUUUAUGACGCGUGUUGCUCUACAGGCAGAGAAGAUGAACCACCACCCGGAAUGGUUUAACGUCUACAACAAGGUUCAGAUAACUCUGAUUUCCCACGACUGCGGAGGGCUGACCAAGAGGGACGUGAAGCUGGCUCAGUUUAUCGACAAAGCUGCUGCCUCAGUGUAA